GGCCGCGGCAGCGCUGGCGGGCGCAGCGGCGCCGCCGGCCGCGGCAGGGCUGGGCGGCGCCGGCCCCGCCGAGGUGCUGGGGCACCUCUGGGACGCGCUGCCGGCCGGCUCCGUGCGGGCGCAGCUCGAGGAGUGGGCCGGGCUGGCGGCGACCCGGGCGGGCGCCCGCAAGAGCGCGGGCGGGGCGCAGCUGCUUGAGCUGCGCCUUCUCGAGGGCCUGCUGGUGAGGCUGGCCGACAGCCACCGGGACUUCGGCGCGACGGUGGGUCGGUCCCUGCAGCUAUCGAGGCUGCUCUGGGCGGGCGUGCACUCGCGCAGCCGCGCCGCCUGGGCGCGCGAGGCGCGCGAGGCGCGGGGCAGACCGCCGCUCGACGCCUCGGUGGAGCCCGUGCACAUCGCCAUGGUGGCGUCGGUGGGCAAGCCCGUCUUCGGCCGCAAGGCCCUCAUCGGCGUGCGCUCCGCGCUCUUCUUCGCGCGGUCGAGGCCGCUCCGGUUCCACCUCCUCGUCGACGAGGAGGGCGAGGAGGACAUGCGGAGGGCCCUGGGCACGCUGGAGCCCUGGCUGAGGAGCCGGGGGCAGUUCCGGCUCUACCGCGCGGAGGCGCAGGAGCACGUGUGGCGGCGGGUGAGGGCCAUGUUCCCGGCGGACUGCCUGAACUUCAAGGCCAGGGAGGGGAGCCACCACUACGGCAGCCCCGGCUUCCUGCGCUUGUUCCCCCACGAGAUCGUCCGCGAGCCGGGGGCCAGGGUCGUCGUCUGGGUGGAUGCGGGCGACUUCGCCUUCAUGUCGGACCCCGCUGACCUGCUGGUGCAUCACAGCGCCUUCGGCCCCGAGCAGAUGGUCGCAGCGCCCGUGCUCCGGGAGCUGCCCUUCCAGAUCUUUGACCUGCCCAGGCUGCGGCGGGCGAACUGGACGCAGAUGGUGGCCGUGGCGGCCGCCGAGGGCUAUGCGGAGAGGGGCCCCGACCUCUGCUUCUACGGGGAGGGGCGGCUCUUCUCGGCGGUCGAUGCCUGGCCAAGCACUGGCACUAUCUGCCCAGCGGGUGGACCUUCGAGCCCUGGCAGGAGUGGCAGCCCUUCUUCGGGCUCGUCGACCUCUGGUCGAGGAGGGGCCUCGGCCAGGAGGAGGUGUGGCUGCGGCGGGCCUUCCCUGGCCUGCGCGACUUCGCCGACGUCCGGGUCGCCUGCCCCGACUGGCAGGAGGUGUUCUUCUUCAACUCCUUCUUCGGGAAGACAGCAGACGCCGAUCUGGAGGCCGCCGCGCUCAUCGCCAAGCAUUACCACGAGAUGCUUGCUACUAACAGCUCGUUCACGGACUGGAAGGGCCAAGAGCUGAGGUGCGGCGAGCGCAUCCGCGGCGUGCACCUGACGCUCCCGUUCCACAACAUCCCCUUUGCGCACCACUUCCUCAACUUCUGGGCUGGGGCCCCGGUGUGGGACAAGGACUGGCUGCGCGGGCGUGACCUGCGGAAGUAGCCCUGCACGUCUCCUCCCGCGCCCCGGGGCCGCCCGCGGCGGCCGCGAGCCGCGAGCCGCGCCCGCGCGCGCUCCGCUCGCGCGGGAGGCGCGCGCGAGGCCCCCCCUCUGCGGGGGGCGCGCGCAGCCGGGGCCGCGCCCCCCGGGCCUUGGCAUCGCUCGGGCGUGCGCAUUCUUCCUUCGGCGAAGGGCAUCGAGGGGCAUCCUUGCUCAUGUGGCGAAGCAAGCCACGCGCUCGAAAAGUGUGCAUGUUUCCCUCGGCGAAGGGCAUCGAGGAGCAUCCUUGCUCAUGUGGCGAAGCAAGCCACGCGCGAAAGCAAGC